GCGUCGUGCAGGUAACGUAGCCCUGAAGCACGGUAACUCUUAACUUUAGCACUUUGAAGAAAAAAGGAGAUGUCGGAUAUAGAGUACGGAAAACGCGGAGUGGAGAUGGAUAUAUGGGAUGGCUGAUGGCGAAUGAGAAGGUGACGUAUCGCAAUCAAUUGGCUACGGCUCUGAGAUGAGCUCGAGGGAGUGGAAGAAUGCUUGACUCGGGGAUGACGGGGUCGAGUCGUCACAUGUGUUUUAUUCGAAGGCUCGACCGGGGUCGAAUACACAGUUCGCAAAACGGAGUUUCGGACCGAUCGUUACGAAAGGCAACAUCAGUGCCGACCGGCCCGGGAUUUUACUCACGGUCAGGACACACCCCUGCUCAUCCCGUGACGCGCAAACGCGCAACCCGGCUCGAAGCAACCCCUCUGACUCAGAGAAAAUGGUUGGGGACCACAUCUCGCAGAACAUAUCACAACCUUCUUCUACUCCCAACCCCACGCUCAUGCUCCCGUCCUCGUAGACGAACUCAGGGUCGAAAACGUGAACCGUCGCUACGCAGAUCACCUCCUCCCCUCGCCCUCUACGUUUCGAACGCUGGCCUUUUUGACGGGACAUGUAACGUUGUCGGCGUCCGUGCGCGGUGGCUGGAGAGGCGCUUUAACGUGUGGUGGUGGUGGCGUGUGGCACCAGCCACGGCUGCAAUGACAUUUGCCUGUCCCACGAGCAAACAGCGUUGACGGAUUUGUGCACGUGUGGGAAAGGCCCGUUAUGCGAUUCCUCAAUUAAGGAUGGGAGGAGGUACGAAGUGGAGAUGACGGCGACGAAGGCGCGUACCGUGG